CGAGCUGCAGCUCUGUACAUUUUAAGGUGAACACGUUUAGUUUGGAGCGGAGUUAAAAACCGGACCAGCACAGCUGCGGUGAGGACAGCGUGUGAAUGCGUUCCGUCUCCUGCGGGAACACCGCACACAGCUGCAGUCACGUCGGAUAACUGGGAUUAAAAACACCAAAAUCGGAGAGUUCGUCGGACUUGGCUGUGUUUCAGACUCCGGUAAGCAGAACCGACGAUGCUCCGCUCCGGCUGUCUGGCUUAAACACCACAAAGUCAAAACGGAACAAGAAAAGUAGCAGGACUUUUUCCUCUGGAUAUUUGUUCUUCUUGUUAUGCUCGCGUGGUGACUCCCGGCUGAGUGACUGUCGCAACACGCUGCGGUAGGUGAACUACUGGAAACCUCAGUGAAAAGCGGGGUGUUUUUCUGUUGUUGCAGCUAACCCGGACCUCUGUGGCUUGUUUAAGGGUGCAAUUUCACCCUUUACAGCUCAGAAUGUAUUUCCACCUUGUCCUCUCGGUUGUGGAUUUUCUAUGAAGUCAGUGACAGCUGAAGCAGAGCGGUGCGGAUCCGUCGGAUGCCUUUUCGCCCUUCUCUCCAUCACUAUUCCCACAAUUUGCGCAAGGAAUUUCAUUUUUUGAAUUCUUAAUUGGAAAAUGACUAAUCACACAGACGAAUUCUACCGCUCCCAAUCCCUCUUCUGCUUGUUAUUUACACUAGUCUAGCCUUUUUUUGGAGGGUAAGCACGCAGUAUUCCUGUGUUUUAAGCCAGAGCGCGCGUCAUCUCUCAACUGAUGUCCAUUGAUUUAUGAUUUUUUGGGACAUUUAUCCGGUUCCGCGCAAGGACUUGGAUCCUUUUCAGGAACACUAGGUUUCUCUCUUCACCCCAGGUGUCCAAUUUGGAGCAGGAUACUUGUAACUUUCUUCUCCCAUGUGAAAAAAAAACGCUCUCUUUUGGCUGAAGAAGACGCGGUUUGGUCGUGCCGUUUUCGGUUUGCUGCUUUCAAAGACACUGUAGCUGGACAAUCACAUUUUUGAAGAUCUCGACACAAGGCAUCACACACACUGUCACACAUGCACGCUUGAAUACUCGUGUAGAUACAUAUCAGCUGCGAGUUAUCCAACUUAAACCCCGUCGGAAGAACUGCAACAGCAUCGUGUGGAGGCUAACACCUGCAGAGAGGUUUAUUUAUCCACCAUCGGCUACUGGAUCAACUGGGAUUUAACAUCCGCCUGCUGGGAUUUCUACCAUGUCAGGUGUACGGGAUUGCAGAUGGACUUUCCUCGUCUGUGUGGCGGCGCUUUCAUAUGCUCUUGCAGGUAAAAUAUCUCCAACCAGCUCAGAUGCCCUCCUCAGCUCCUCAGCAAUGACAGCCAGCCCUUCGCCACCCAAUAUCUACCUUCCCGCCAACUUCAAGAUGUCCAAUGCACAACUGGCUUUCUUCUUACGGGAGGCUCAGAUCACAGGACAAACAGUUGGCGGCAGCAGCAGGAGCAGCAGUAGCCCCAGCACUGGACACCCGCUGCAGCGCUCUGAGAGUUUUGUGGUUUUCCAGACAAAAGACCUCCCUGCCAUCAACAUAAGCUUUGGGCCUUUCGCCCGGGACCAGGCCCUGUCCAAGGAGCUGCUCCAGCCAGCCAGUCCACUGGAUAUUCCGGGCCAGCUGACAGUCAACUGGAAGGUGCGGGCCUUCAUUGUCCAGGCACGGGUCUUCUCAAACAACCCCACAGUCCAGGUGUUUUUCUACAUUGCUGGCCGCGACUGGGACGACUUCAAGGCUCAGGAUAAGCUGCCCUGCGUCCGUCUGCACGCCUUCCGGGAUGUCCGUGAAAUUAAAACCUCCUGUCGCAUGAAAGGCAACCUGGCACAGUGCUUGGCCCAACUGGAGCUGCCCCCGUCCUGGUUUAACACCAAUGUAGCACCGCUGGGUCGGAGGAAAGGCUCCAGUGACGGGCUGUUGGAUGGGCUCACCAGUGAGACCCUUCAGGCUGAGCUCUACUACACGCUCCACGGGCCCAAUCUGGAUGGGGAGUGCAGUGAGGGCUCUGGUCACAGGGGUGGUGGUAUUUCCAGGGGAGAACCUCUGUCACAGCACCCCCUGCUGCGCAUUGGGAGCAUCAGCCUGUACCAGGCCAGUCAGGAGCAGCUGCUGGUGGACAAGCAGUUAGACAAGAACAUGUUCCUCAGGCUGCCUGAGAAGCCCCUGAAGCCUGGAGAAACCCUCAAAAUCUUCCUCUACUUGAUGCCCAACUCCACUGUAGAGCAGUUCACCCUCAAGGUCAAAGCCAAGAAAGGGGUGAACCUGCUUGAGACCAAGUCCAAGAACGCCCAGUGGAAGGUGGACUGGGAGGUGCAGUCUGGCGCCAAGCACUCCAUCACCACCAUCGAUGUGAACAAGAACAAAGCAGUCAAACAGGGGGAUGUAUUAGGCAAUGUGGAGGUGAUGCAGUUGGAUUUUGAGAUGGAGAACUUCACCAGCCUCUCGGUGACCAGGAGGAUCAACUGGAACAUCGACUACAAGGGGCAGAACCCGCCUCCAGAUUCAGAGAAAGUUGUGACGGAGUUGACGGUGGUGCAGCGAGACAUUCAGGCCAUCAUCCCUCUGGCCAUGGACACCGAAAUUAUCAACACAGCCAUUCUGACCGGACGCACCGUGGCCAUUCCUGUCAAAAUGGUCUCCAUAGAGAUGAAUGGAGCAGUCACUGACGUCUCAGCCUUUGUGCAGUGCAAGUCCUCCAAUGAAGACAUUGUUAAGGUGUCCAUGAAUUGCGACUAUGUGUUCGUCAAUGGGAAGGAGACACGGGGAUCCAUGAACGCCAGGGUGAUCUUCAGCUACGAGCACCUGAGCGCGCCGCUGGAGCUGACCGUCUGGGUGCCCAAACUUCCCCUGCAAGUGGAACUUUCUGACAACAAUCUCAGCUUCAUCAAAGGCUGGAGGGUUCCCAUUCUGCCCGACCGAAGGAGCACCAGAGACAGCGAUGCAGACGAUGAAGACGACGAGCGCCGCGUGAGUCGAGGAUGCACCCUGCAGUACCAGCGGGCCGUGGUCAAGGUGCUGACCCAGUUCCACACCACCUCUACAGAGGGCACCGACCAGGUCAUCACCAUGCUGGGGCCCGACUGGCAGGUGGACGUCACGGACCUGGUCCAGGACUCCCUGAAGGUGGCCGACCCCAGGAUAGCUGAGCUGGUGGACAGGACGGUGUUGGUGGGUCUGGAGCUGGGAUCCACUGUGCUGAAGGUGGAGUCUCCGCUGGCAGUGGAUGCAGUAUUAGGAGAGUCUGCGUUCUCAGUCACAGACGACAAGGUUUCCAUCAUGGAGAUGCGUGUCCACGCUAUCUCAGGCCUGACCCUAUCACUGCAGCCCAGCCCCGGCAACAGCCACACCAUGGUGGCCAAGGCAACCGGCAUCCAGACGCUUACUGCUCCCAAGCAGGAGGCCAGUUUGUCGAUGUGGAUGCUUUUCAGCGACAACACAGCCGCCAGUCUGACUUACUUUGAUCCUAAAGACUACAACCUCAAUGCCACCACACUGGAUGACAGAGUUGUGUCGGUAUCUCAGGAGCCUCAGCAACGCUGGCCUGUGGUGGUGGCAGAAGGGGAAGGAUCUGGUGAGAUGGUGCGGUUAGAGAUGACCAUCUGCGAAGCCUGCCAGAAGACCAAACGCAAAAGCGUCAUCGCAUCUGCUGCAGUUUAUGUCAAGGUCCGCUUCGGCCCAGAGGAAGAUUCUGAGGAAGAGGCAACAACCGAAGGCGAGAUAGAGCUGACGCCCGUCACCAGGCGUCCAAUUAUUGAUCCGAACAUCAGCGGAAGAAUUUAUGAGACAUCUAAUGAGCAGCCUGCCAGUGUUCCCAUUGAUUACACCAAUUUCCCUACCAUUAGCAACCAGGAGCGACCGACUGAGAGUGAUGAAGAGGAGGAAGAUGACUUUGUGCAUUCUCCUCGUAACAUGACUGACCUUGAGAUUGGCAUGUAUGCGCUUCUGGGAGUCUUCUGUCUGGCUAUCUUAGUUUUUCUCAUCAACUGCAUCGUCUUCGUGCUUAAAUACCGCCAUAAGCGGAUCCCGCCGGAGGGUCAAGCCAACAUGGACCACUCCCACCACUGGGUGUUCCUGGGAAACGGCCAGCCACUGAGGGCCCAGUGUGAUUUGUCACCGCAGCAGGUAGAAAGUCCAAGUAACCCUUUGGAGGGCGUACAGACUUGCUGCCAUGGGGACCACCACAGCAGUGGCAGUUCCCAGACUAGCGUUCAAAGCCAGGUACAUGGGCGGGGUGACGGCAGCUCUGGGGGCUCUACGAAGGAGAAUGGCGAGGAGGCCAGUUCACCGACUUCCAAGCGCAAGAGAGUCAAGUUUACCACCUUUACCACCCUUCCCACAGAGGAGCUGCCCUACAACUCCAUCCCCAUAGCUGAUGAAGAGGACAUUCAGUGGGUCUGCCAGGAUAUGGGCUUUCAAGACCCAGAGGAACUGCAUGAUUACAUGCGCAGAAUAAAAGAAAUAGCCUGAGAUAAGAGGUGCGGUGUGAAGCACAGCUCUCAGCUUUCUAAAGAAACGUUCCUUUCUAUUUUUCUCUUUUUCACCUAAGUGAAAGAUCAUUUUUCACAGACUAAAAGGCCAACUGUUGUUUUGGUUAGGGUGUGUUCCAUUUAGUUUGCACAGUGCUGUAAUCUCAUACACGCUCACACAGAAGAGAACGCAAGGAAGCCAAAGACUUGACCAGAGGAUCUCAAUCACUAGAGGAAUCUGUAAAUCUUGGCUCUAGGAAACAUGUUUCACUGGGAAGCUGAGCCAUGGCCAGAAGUGAGAGCUGCUCCAGCUUUCUUAUUUUCAGGAUUUGAUUCUAGCGAAAGCCUGAUGUGGACAGGAAUGUAGAAGACGUUUGGUAUUGGCUGUGUUUUUGCUGGCUCAGUGGGACUCUGCAGUACUGUACCUACUCCAAACAAAGAUGCCUUUGAUGAACAAAAAACUGUCAAAGACUCUCAUGAAAGCUAUGUUAAGGAAUUCAUUUUGUUUUUGCCAAAGUAGGAAAAAUAUUCUUUUAAUGGCGAAACUUUCUUCAUUGUUGUUCUUGGUGCAGCACACUCAUGAUUUGUACUCAUAUUCAUUCCUUACAUUUUUCUACAUUUCAUAGGUAGUCAAAAGCAGUGCCCUAAAACUAGUCCUCCUGGUCCUGAACAAAUCUAAUGCCUUACAAAAAUGGUCACAGUUCACUUCUUAUAUCAGCGCGGACACCCUGUUUUCACACUACGGCUAGAGACAGUGUAGUAGGAUGUAAAGUACUACUGAUCUCGAGCAUAAGGUUAAAUAAGAAAAGAGAUUGUGUAAUGUGAGGAUCUCUAAUGUUCUUUGCAUGGAAGGGGGAUCUUGAGGCACAAUCAGCUACUUUUUCCAAAUUUGUAAAUGUUUGUAUUGUAAUUAUAUAAUCAUUCAUACACAUUACUAAAGUAAAUAUGUUAUCAUGCAUUACACGCAUGCCAUGUCAGGCCUACAUACAUGCAGACAUUCCUCUCUAGUAUAUGUAUAUAUACCGUAUGGAGCGAGAGUCGCCUCCCACACGAACAUUCAACAAAUUACUUACUCAGAGCUAGAUGAGUGUGAGGCCAGUUGAAGUCUUGAAAAAUUUUAUAGUCUUGUGGUGAGUAGAAGGUUCCCCUCGAUGACGUCAUGGCAGAACUGUAGCUUUUUAACAAAGUGGUAUCACAUUUUGACUGUUGAACAUGGGGAUUUGCUAUGCAUCAGAAUUGUAACAGAUCUAAUCUUUUGAUGAUUUAUUUGUCCUCCUCAAGUUCGGCUGCCCUCUAGCCUUUAGGAAAAUAAAAAUAUUUUAAUGUACUAGUUGGAAACACUGAACACAAGAUCCUCUAGGAUCUGUCCAGGAAACGCCAUUCACCCGAGAAAAAGAUUGAUGAAUUAUGAGAUAAUAAAUUAUUGAUUUUGCUCCAUCAUUUAAAUCAUGGCCAUCUCAUGUUGUCAUGCUGUUUUUUAAAAACACACUCUACUGUGUAUGUAGUCCCUGUUUUGUUUCAUCUAUUCCUGUGAACUCACAUCUGGAUGUCACAAAUUUGCUUUGUUUGAACUAAAUGGAUGUGGCGAGAGAACAGUAGCAAAGAAAACAGUUGUGUUGCUCCUGGCGGAUAAGCUGUGUGGAUGCCGUGGGCGGGUAAAAGUAUCUCAGGAUGCUGAUUGGCUUCAUUGACAAAUCAAAGUGAUUAAAACAGCACAGCCAGUGGGUGUCAUCUGCAGGUUUUGUUGUGCACCAAGUGUUAAUUGCUGUGUUGAGCGUUUAAAGGUUUACUGACGUGUGUUUUAAAACUACGCUACAGCAGAAAAGGAAAAGAUCUGACAAGUUUACAAAGAGCAUGAAAUAUCUCAAGUGAGAUUUCAACCAAAAUAUUGCGAGGCAGCCACAAAAUAACUAAGAGCAUGAUGACAGCAGAGCUAAUAGUAUUUUUAAUUGCAGUUUCCCUGUUAGCGUAGCGUAUGCUUUUUAGUGGUAGAGUGGAUGAUUGGAGAUGACUUUUGAAGGUUGAUGUUAUUCAGCUCUGAUCUCACAUAAAACAAGUUAUUUUCAGGACUAAUGAAGCAACCAUGUGAUGAAAAUGUGUUUCCGUGUCACUUUCCUUUAAUUCCGUACUGCAUCUAAGGGCUUGGAUUUUUUUUUUCUUUUAUGUUAACUGACUCCCUCUGUGGUGAUAAUGAGCCUAAGCUCUACAUGUCACUCAAAACUGUCACUCAAAAUGUGCAACAUUUUUUAUUGCCAUUCUAACUGCUUUUCAGCCCACACACCCUUGUUAAAGACCCAAUCCAGAAUUGCUCUCCUCGAGGCAGCGCUGUUAUACAAAAAAACAGCACAAAAACAUUGAAUUAAAGACAUAUUUUAUAUUUAUUUUGAAGAUUUCUUUCCUGAGCUCCUUGUUCAUUAAGUGGCCAUAUGUUGUGACGGCUAAACACAAGUGUUAAAUGUGAUCUGAAGAUGGUAAUUGUUUGCUUAGAGCAACAUUGUAAAUACUGGAGCAAAACAGGCUUUAAUUUUUCGAUUACCGAAAGUUGCAAUGAGAUUAUUUUCCAUCAGUAAACCAUACCUACAUUUAAUACUCUACAUGUAUAUAGAUCCGCAUUUGAUCCUGGAUUGGGACUUUAAGGAUUUGGUUUACUGCAUGCCCUCUAUGUUCCAUGUGGUUGAAAUGAAUAAUGACCUGAUUCUACUGUUUGAUAAUAUUCAAUCUGUGUUAACAUCUAAAGAGAAGCUGAGACAUUAUUUCUGACAGUCCAAGCCCGUCCUUCAGCCACAGCAUCAACAUGAUUUGCCAUGAAAUUAAGAGAAGCACUAGCCAGCUGGCAGUGUUUCAGUCUUAACCUUAAAUGAUGGUUUCUCAGGAUGAAUGUAGGAGUAUUAACUAAACCUGGCUGUUUAGUGUUAAUGUGGUCAGCCCAAUCUGAUGACAUUACUAUAACAGAUUAAGUAUCUAAUAGCAGCUUUACGCACUUCCCAUAGGGACUUCCCUGUUGAUUUACUCACACAGUAUGUAAAUAUGUUGCCCAUUACAUGAUAAGUCUCAAAUACAUUUUAUUUUUAACAGAAUUUUUACAUCCUACUUCCCCUUCCUUUGUGCAUUUUAAGUUUUUUUUUUGUAAUGCUGCUUUGGUGACGGUGCACAUGUUGCUCAUUUUGUAUUUUCUUCAAGCUGCUAAUAGAAACUUAGUCUUUUUACGACAUGUAAUUGAACAUCUUGAACUGUACCUUUCUGCCCCCCCUCCCCAUGGCAAAGUGUGCACGAUGUGCACGGCUCAGUCAGCUGUGCCAAGUAACCACGACACUCACAAUUAUAUGUUAAUGUACAGAGCACUGUUAAAUUUCCUGUAUUCUCUUGAAAAUAAACCGUUGUAUUUUCCCGUCA